AAGAAGUCGCGCUUUGAUUGGGCCGCUGUCAGGUGUCGCUGCCGGCAGGUUCGGCUGCGCGAGCGGAGGGAGGCGGGAAUCAACAGGAGCCUUCCUUGAGUAACUGCUUGGAGUUAACAUUUCCUGCUGGCAGAAUCAGGGACAUGCCAGCACUAGCGGGAUGAGUGGGUUCUCCGGCGGGGAUGUGGUCAUUGAUGGCCAGUGAGGGCAAGAGUGCCACGGCCCACUUCUUCCUUGGAGCUGGAGAUGAGGGGCUGGGCACCCGUGGAAUAGGCAUGAGGACAGAAGAGAGUGACAGCGAGCUCCUUGAGGACGAGGAGGAUGAAGUGCCUCCUGAACCUCAGAUCAUUGUUGGCAUCUGUGCCAUGACCAAGAAAUCCAAGUCCAAGCCAAUGACCCAAAUUCUAGAGAGACUCUGUAGAUUUGAUUACCUGACUGUUAUCAUCCUGGGAGAAGAUGUGAUCCUUAAUGAACCUGUGGAAAACUGGCCAUCUUGCCACUGCCUCAUCUCUUUCCAUUCCAAAGGCUUUCCUCUGGACAAAGCUGUUGCUUACUCCAAGCUUCGAAACCCCUUUCUUAUCAAUGAUCUGGCCAUGCAGUAUUACAUCCAAGAUAGGAGGGAGGUGUACCGGAUCCUGCAGGAGGAGGGUAUUGAUCUGCCUCGGUAUGCUGUGCUCAAUCGUGACCCUGCCCGGCCUGAGGAGUGCAAUCUGAUAGAAGGUGAAGACCAGGUAGAGGUCAAUGGAGCUGUCUUUCCCAAGCCCUUUGUGGAGAAGCCAGUGAGUGCAGAGGACCACAAUGUUUACAUCUACUACCCCAGCUCAGCUGGAGGAGGAAGCCAGCGCCUUUUCCGUAAGAUUGGCAGCCGAAGCAGCGUUUACUCUCCCGAGAGCAGCGUCCGAAAGACAGGGUCAUACAUCUAUGAGGAGUUUAUGCCAACGGAUGGCACAGAUGUCAAGGUGUAUACAGUGGGGCCAGAUUAUGCCCAUGCCGAAGCUAGAAAAUCUCCAGCUUUGGAUGGGAAGGUCGAACGAGACAGUGAGGGGAAAGAGAUUCGCUAUCCAGUCAUGCUGACUGCCAUGGAGAAGCUGGUGGCCAGGAAAGUCUGCGUAGCUUUUAAGCAAACAGUUUGUGGAUUUGACCUUCUUCGUGCCAAUGGUCACUCCUUUGUGUGUGAUGUCAACGGUUUCAGUUUUGUCAAGAACUCCAUGAAAUACUACGAUGACUGUGCCAAGAUUCUGGGUAACACCAUAAUGCGGGAGCUUGCCCCACAGUUCCAGAUCCCAUGGUCCAUCCCCACAGAGGCUGAGGACAUUCCCAUUGUCCCGACCACAUCUGGCACUAUGAUGGAACUUCGUUGUGUCAUUGCAAUUAUCCGUCAUGGGGAUCGUACUCCUAAGCAGAAGAUGAAAAUGGAGGUGACACACCCAAGGUUUUUUACUCUAUUUGAAAAACAUGGUGGCUACAAGACAGGAAAAUUAAAACUCAAGCGACCUGAGCAGCUCCAGGAGGUGCUAGACAUCACAAGGCUGUUGUUGGCUGAACUGGAGAAGGAACCAGGUGGUGAGAUCGAGGAGAAGACUGGGAAACUAGAGCAGCUGAAGUCUGUGUUGGAGAUGUAUGGUCACUUCUCAGGUAUCAACCGGAAGGUGCAAUUGACUUACUACCCUCACGGAGUAAAAGCUUCUAAUGGGGGGCAAGAUCCACAGGGCGGGGCCCUGGGCCCAUCCUUAUUGCUGGUACUGAAGUGGGGUGGAGAACUGACUCCUGCCGGCCGUGUUCAGGCUGAGGAGCUGGGGCGAGCUUUUCGCUGCAUGUACCCUGGAGGACAGGGUGACUAUGCUGGCUUCCCUGGUUGUGGGCUGCUUCGUCUCCAUAGCACUUUCCGCCAUGAUCUCAAGAUCUAUGCCUCUGACGAGGGCCGUGUCCAGAUGACUGCUGCCGCCUUUGCCAAGGGCCUUCUGGCUCUAGAAGGGGAGCUGACACCCAUUUUGGUACAAAUGGUGAAGAGUGCCAACAUGAAUGGGCUCCUGGACAGCGACGGUGAUUCUUUGAGCAGUUGCCAGCACCGGGUGAAGGCUCGGUUGCACCAUAUUUUGCAGCAGGAUGCACCCUUUGGCCCUGAAGACUAUGAUCAGCUGGCUCCCACUGGAAGUACUUCCCUGCUCAACUCCAUGACUAUCAUCCAGAAUCCUGUGAAGGUCUGUGAUCAGGUAUUUGCCCUGAUUGAAAACCUCACCCAUCAGAUCCAAGAGCGGAUGCAGGACCCCAAGUCUGUAGACCUGCAGCUCUAUCACAGUGAGACACUAGAGCUAAUGCUACAGCGUUGGAGCAAGCUGGAGCGUGACUUUCGACAGAAGAGCGGACGCUAUGAUAUCAGUAAGAUCCCUGACAUCUAUGACUGUGUCAAGUAUGAUGUGCAGCACAAUGGAAGUCUGGGACUUCAAGGCACAGCAGAGUUGCUACAUCUCUCUAAGGCGUUGGCUGAUGUGGUCAUUCCCCAGGAGUAUGGGAUCAGUCGAGAAGAGAAACUGGAAAUUGCUGUGGGCUUCUGUCUUCCAUUGUUGCGGAAAAUACUACUUGACCUACAGAGAACCCACGAGGAUGAGUCCGUCAACAAGCUGCAUCCCCUGUACUCCCGAGGAGUGCUCUCCCCAGGCCGCCACGUUCGAACACGUCUCUAUUUCACCAGUGAGAGCCAUGUCCACUCCCUACUCAGUGUCUUCCGUUAUGGGGGACUUCUUGAUGAGACCCAGGAUGCGCAAUGGCAGCGAGCUUUGGCUUAUCUUAGUGCCAUCUCAGAGCUCAACUACAUGACCCAGAUUGUCAUCAUGCUUUAUGAGGACAACACACAGGAUCCCUUAUCAGAGGAACGGUUCCAUGUGGAGCUACACUUCAGCCCUGGAGUGAAAGGCGUUGAGGAGGAAGGCAGUGCCCCAGCUGGCUGUGGAUUCCGUCCAGCCUCUUCUGAGAAUGAGGAGAUGAAAGCAGACCAAGGCAGCAUGGAGAUCCUGUGCCCAGGGAAGGCAUCAGAUGAGCCAGACCGGGCAUUGCAGACUUCACCCCAGCCUUCUGAGGGCCCUGGGCUCCCGAGGAGAUCACCCCUCAUUCGUAACCGAAAAGCCGGCUCCAUGGAGGUACUUUCUGAGACUUCAUCCUCGAGGCCUGGUGGCUACCGGCUCUUUUCAUCUUCACGGCCACCAACAGAGAUGAAGCAGAGUGGCCUAGGCUCGCAGUGCACAGGGCUGUUCAGCACCACAGUGCUGGGUGGCUCCUCCAGCGCCCCGAAUCUUCAGGACUACGCCCGCAGCCAUGGCAAAAAGCUACCACCUGCCAGUCUGAAGCACCGAGAUGAGCUCUUGUUUGUCCCGGCCGUAAAACGAUUUUCUGUGUCGUUUGCAAAGCAUCCGACUAACGAGCUGCUGGAUGACCAGCACCCUGUGGUCCGGUUGCUGCGCAGUUUUUCCUCUGACUGCACAGGGGGCCGGCCAGUCUCCUUGGAUGCCACGCUGGCGCAUCACCUGCACCAGUGCUCCUACCACCUACGCCUCUUCCGGAACUGGCUGCGCUCAGGCCAGGAUGAUCCCGAGUGCCUCUACGGAUUUGAAGGGUGCUCCAUGGUGCCUACCAUCUACCCCCUGGAAACACUGCAUAAUGCCCUUUCCCUGCGUCAAGUGAGUGAAUUCUUGAGUAGAGUCUGCCAGCGCCACACUGAUGCCCAGGCACAGGCCUCUGCAGCCCUGUUUGACUCUCUGCACAGCAGCCAGGCCUCAGAUAGCCCAUUUUCCCCACCCCGUACUCUUCACUCACCUCCCCUGCAACUCCGGCAGCGUUCUGAGAAGCCCCCUUGGUACAGCAGUGGCCCUUCCAGCACUGUGUCCAGUGCUGGUCCUUCUUCCCCUACUGCAGUUGAUGGUAACUCCCAUUUUGGCUUCAGUGAUCAACCCUCCCUAAAUUUACAUGUGACUGAAGAAUGUCAAUGCCUUGGGCUACUCCAGGAGACCCUCAGGAAUGGAGCACAAGAGCUAUCCAUAGAAGGGAAGCAAGAGCCUUUUGAACUGAACCAAUCUCCACAGAUGCCACCUGUGGAAAUUAGCCAGCCAUGCCAACUUGCUGAAGAGGUCAGCCAGCCAUUCCAGGAGAAGCAUGACAAUCUUAACCACACAUACCAGGAGGUCCCUCACAUCAGCCAGCCAUGCCAGAAGGCCAGCCAACUGUGCCAGAAAGUCUCUGAGGAAGUAUGCCAGCUUUGCCAGGAGAACCCUGAAGAGGUCAGCCAGCCAUACCAGGUGGUCCCUCUGGAGGUUGGCCGGCUGGUCCACGGGUUCCCUGUAGGGGAUGGGGGCCUGGUCCAGGAAACCAUUGUGGAAGUUGGUAGGCCAGCCCAAGAGAUCCCUGAGGAGCUCAGCCAGCCAUGCCAGAAGUUUCCUGUGGAGGUUGGCAGGCUAGCCCAGGGGGCUUCGGUAAUCAAUCUGUUGUCUCAGAACAUCCCUGAGGUUGAUAAAUCAUCCCAAGAGUUCCCUGGGGAAAUUGAUCUGCAGGCCCUGGAGGUUCCCGAGGAAGUUAAUCAGCAGUCCUGGGUGGUCCCUGAGGUGAUUGACCAGCUGCCUGCAGAGGAUGUUCCUCAAGUCCAGUAUCUGUCUAGUGAUCCAAACCCUCAAAGCCAAUCUCCAGCCCAUGACCAGCACUCACCUCUUCCACCAGCAACAUGUAAUUAAUUAUUUUCUCAUGAGUGGUGUCACACUAUACCAGCCAUUUGAGCCAGCAACCUUUUCUCUUGGCUAACUCACCAGCCAGCAUGAGGCCUUGGCUCUCACCAGAGGUGUCUGAGGAAGCAGUUGUCUUGGCAUGAAGCACACCUGUGCCAGAGGCUUGCUUGAGGAGGAACCAAUUUCAUGUUCAAAGUAGGUAUUGUCUCCUCACCUUGCCAUUAGAGUUGAGUAGGAUUUCCUUGGGGUGGGCUGGUCCGUCAUUACCUGUCCUACUCUGAGCAUUGCAGGAAAUCACAGAUUGUUAAAGGAAAUGCCACUUAACUACUGAAGACACCAUCCAGGGAUAGCAAAUGCAAAAGGAGAGACUCCAGAGUCUUCACUUUUCUGGGGAAAUAUUCACAACUUCUCAAAUUUCCCUUAGACCAUAUGUGCAUUCAGGGGGACUCUUAUCUUUGCUAGCACUCCUCACAUGGGCCCAGAAUGGCCUUCUGAAAUGUCUGGAAAAUAGAGUCCCCUUCUCAAACAAACGUCUGUCAUGGCCACUAAUCUUUAGACUGGGCUUUUGAGUGUUUCCACAUCAUCCCCAAGUGCCCCCUCUCCCCCAGUGUUAUUCCUCUGGUCAACAGCUCCAGGGAAAAAUAGGUAUUAGAUGGCCAUGCAAAUUUCUGAGUAACUACUUAAAAUGGUCUAGAGGAUUCUUGGCCAUUCUGUGAAGUUGGGCCUCACUUUGUUGUGGGGCUGUUUGGCUUUAGGAGAUGCUGUAGUAGAGAGAAUCAGGUUCUAUUUUAAGAAAUCAUCAGAGAUCAAUAUUGUACAGAUAUGAUCAAAGAUUUAAUAAAUAAAUAAAUAAAUAAAUAUAUAUAUAUAUAUAUAUAUAUAUAUAUAUAUACAUAUAUUUCUGUAGUAGUGCCAGGGACAGACUGGCCAAAGAACAAACACUCCAGGGUCCCCAAGAAGUUUGUCCUUACAUCAUUGUGUCUUUAGGGCCAGACAUGAUUAUGAAGCUUUUCCCAAAGAUGUGGGGGUGGGAAUGGGGGUGGAUAGGAGGGGUAAUGGGUCAUUGGAGUGGGGGGGGGGCCGGAACAUUAUGAGUGCUCAAUAAAUACAAAAUAA